CUUACCCUACCUCGGAGACCCGCCUGCGGGACUGGCCGCCGGGCCGCCGUGCAGCGCUCUCCGGGCCGGCCUCAGCGUCAAGCGGCCGCGGUGCGACGCGAAGGGGAAACUGCCCGCCGCGAAGCCGCCGCGCUCGGGAAGGAGGAGGGCGCGGGUCGCCGCAGACGGAGGCAGCUGUGUUAAUGCAACAAGCCACAAAGCCGUAAUGCGGCGUACCGUCCUCUGUGAGAGGUGAACGUUGCUGAGUAAAAAUGGCUGACAGAAGCGGAAGGGUCAUUCCAGGACAAGUGUACAUCGAAGUAGAAUAUGAUUAUGAGUACGAAGCAAAGGACAGAAAGAUUGUCAUAAAACAAGGGGAGCGGUACAUCUUGGUGAAAAAGACAAAUGAUGAUUGGUGGCAAGUCAAGCCAGAUGAGAAUUCCAAAGCGUUCUACGUGCCAGCCCAGUAUGUGAAGGAGGUAACCCGCAAAGCCCUGAUGCCGCCUGCUAAGCCCUCAGCUGGACUGCCCAAUAAUCCUGUGAAAGUGGUACAGAGUCUGCAUCUUCAGAGAUCAACAGAAAAUGUGAACAAAUUGCCUGAGCUUUCAAGCUUUGGAAAGCCAUCGUCGUCUGUUCAAGGAACAGGUCUUAUUCGAGAUGCAAAUCAGAAUUUUGGACCCAGUUAUAAUCCGGGUCAGACUCUCAACCUAAGCCUGGACCUGACCCAUAAUAACGGAAAAUUUAACAAUGACUCACAUUCUCCUAAAGUUUCCAGCCAGAAUAGGACACGCUUGUUUGGUCAUUUUCCCGGCCCAGAGUUCUUGGACAUAGAGAAAACUAGCUUCUCCCAGGAACAGUCUUGUGAUUCCGCAGGAGAAGGCUCGGAAAGGAUUCAUCAGGAUUCGGAAUCUGGAGACGAACUGAGCAGCAGCUCCACAGAACAGAUAAGGGCAACUACACCUCCAAAUCAAGGGAGGCCAGAUUCUCCAGUCUAUGCUAAUCUGCAGGAACUGAAAAUAUCCCAGUCUGCUCUUCCCCCGCUUCCUGGGAGCCCAGCAAUUCAGAUUAACGGAGAAUGGGAAACUCAUAAAGACAGUUCAGGGCGUUGUUACUACUAUAACAGAGGAACACAGGAAAGAACUUGGAAACCACCUCGCUGGGCUCGGGAUGCAAGUGUAAGCAAAGAUUUCCAAAGUCCGGGAGAUUUCCAAAGUUCGGGAGAUCAAGAGCUGCUUUCAUCAGAAGAAAACUACCACAGCAUUUGUUACAGCCAGUCAGAUAGUCAGUGUGGUUCUCCUCCAAGGGGUUGGUCAGAAGAGUUGGAUGAACGUGGGCAUACCUUGUAUACCAGUGACUAUACUAAUGAAAAGUGGCUCAAGCAUGUUGACGAUCAAGGUAGACAAUAUUACUACAGUGCAGAUGGAUCUCGGUCGGAAUGGGAAUUGCCAAAGUAUAAUGCUUCAUCCCAGCAGCAAAGAGAAAUAAUUAAAAGUAGGAGCCUGGACAGGCGGCUGCAAGAACCAAUAGUAUUAACCAAGUGGAGACAUAGCACCAUCGUAUUGGACACCAAUGAUAAGGAAUCUCCAACUGCCUCAAAACCCUGCUUUCCUGAAAAUGAGUCUUCUCCCUCUUCUCCAAAGCACCAAGAUACAGGUCAAGAGAAAUACGGAUUAUUAAAUGUAACAAAAAUUACUGAAAAUGGGAAGAAGGUACGAAAGAACUGGUUAUCUUCUUGGGCAGUGUUGCAGGGUUCAUCUUUACUUUUUACCAAAACUCAAGGAAGUAGCACAAGUUGGUUUGGGAGUAAUCAGUCCAAACCAGAGUUCACGGUGGACCUCAAGGGGGCGACAAUUGAGAUGGCUUCGAAGGAGAAAUCCAGCAAAAAGAAUGUACUUGAGCUGAAAACUCGUCAAGGAACAGAACUGCUAAUUCAGUCCGACAAUGACACUGUUAUUAACGAUUGGUUUAAAGUUCUUAGUAGUACUAUCAGUAAUCAGGCAGUAGAAACCGAUGAAGCAGCUGAAGAGGAGAUACCAGAUUCACCAGGAAUAGAAAAGCAUGAUAAAGAAAAGGACCAGAAGGAGCCUAAAAAGCUUCGUUCAAUGAAAGUAUCUAGCAUAGAUUCUUCGGAACAGAAAAAAACCAAGAAAAACUUAAAGAAGUUUCUUACACGACGCCCCACUUUGCAAGCUGUUCGUGAAAAAGGUUAUAUUAAAGAUCAGGUAUUUGGAUCCAAUCUUGCUAGUCUGUGUCAGAGAGAGAAUAGCACAGUGCCAAAGUUUGUGAAGUUAUGUAUUGAACAUGUUGAAGAACACGGUCUGGAUGUUGAUGGCAUAUACAGAGUAAGUGGCAACCUUGCAGUGAUCCAGAAGCUACGAUUUGCGGUCAAUCAUGAUGAGAAAUUGGACUUGAAUGAUAGUAAAUGGGAAGAUAUUCACGUUAUCACUGGAGCACUCAAAAUGUUUUUUCGAGAAUUACCAGAACCUCUUUUUACAUUUAAUCAUUUUAACGAUUUUGUUAAUGCAAUUAAACAAGAACCAAGACAGCGAGUUGCCGCUGUUAAGGACCUAAUCAGACAGUUGCCAAAGCCAAAUCAAGAUACGAUGCAGAUUCUUUUUAGACAUCUCAAAAGAGUUAUAGAAAAUGGAGAAAAAAACCGAAUGACCUAUCAGAGUAUAGCAAUUGUUUUUGGUCCUACUCUAUUAAAGCCAGAGAAAGAGACUGGUAAUAUAGCAGUUCAUACUGUGUACCAAAAUCAGAUCGUAGAAUUAAUUCUUCUGGAAUUAAGUUCCAUCUUCGGACGUUGAUUCUUACUGAAGAAAAUCUGCGGAAUAGAAGCUGGAUUCCAUCAGAUUUCAAAUCUUUAUACACAAUGUAUUUUAUUUUUUGGACCAAGCAGUGACUUUUGAUUUUGCACUUUUUUGAGGGAACAGAAGGGAAGGGGAGAGGCCCUCAUAUUUGCUGCUUUGUUGCGAGUUGAUAGAACUAUGCAUAAUUUUGAAUUCAUUCUAUCCUGAAUGUUUGCAUUUCAUAGUCUGAAUUUCAGUAAAAAUCAAAACUUACAAUUCUAACCAGUCAUAUACACUGGAUAAUUUGGUAAGAAAACUACAUUUUUUUUCCCCCCUCAAACUGGAUAAUGUAGAAUUUCUUCUCAACAUCUAUAGGUUCAUCACUUGAUAGAAUACUUGCUAUCAGUUAUUUUGAAAAUGCUCUUAGGCAUUUUAAACAAAAUGAAGUAUAUUUGUUUUGAAACCUGUGUAUUUCUUUUUCAGGGUUUCUGCAUGCGGGGGCAGUCUAAGUGCUAAAAUUCACUAUAACCCCAAAUAAUCCCCUAUGAAGGCUUGCUGUCGUUAUUGUGUUGCACAGCAUCCUUACUGGGUCUCUUAGUUGCUUGUUUGAGCAGCACACUAACAUUACUUAAAACACUGUGAGGUACUGGAGUUUUAGUUAGCAUAAGUCAGUUCAGGGCAUUUUGGGCUGUCUUGCUAUAUUGAAUUGUAGCUAACAAUCCUAAUUGUAUGUAGUGCCAUACUGAGCUUUGGUAUGACCCUGUGGAAACAGACGUUAUUUGAUGUAAACACAGGCUAAAGACUUAAUGUCCUUUAGCUUCUGUAUAUAAUCGUGUUGUAUAGUCAGAGUACAUUCUAACCCUACAUUUCUAAUCACGAUAUUGGUGAUCUUUUCCAUGAAUAUUAGGUUUCCUCCAGAAAUGGGCCGUUAUUUGGGAAAGUUAACUGUGUGCACUUUUAGAUAUUAAUUACAUUUACAGGUAAAUCACUGUAGUGAGAAUGGUACUGGAAAAAUACUGAACAGACUUGCUAAAUGGUAAAUGCACUACAAGGGGAACCUUUUUAGAUUAUUUAAUAUGUACAGAAAACGCUAGAAAAAAUUUAUCAUAGAAUUCUAACUCUCCAGUAUGAAUAGUGGAAACCCAUAUGUAAAUUAGAUGGAUGUUGGAUGGAAAAUAACAUUGCUAAAUUUAAGAAUUUUUUUUUACAUACUAAUGUAGAUUGAUUUGUAUAAUAAAACAGGGUUUGGAAGGUUUUGUUACAGGGAGCAUGGUCUGUUGAAGAUUUUUUUAAAUGUAUUUUUCUAGAUUAACUGCUGUAUACGAAAUGUCUAAUAAAGAAAACUAUAAGAGGUUUAGAGAUUUUUCCAUUGGAAAUGUG